UUGUAUUGCCCGAGCGGAAUGACGUCUCCCUCAUUUGUUCCUCUGUGCUUGUCAUGCCUCUGUGCCUUGUGUAGAGAAGAAACAGGUUCUUCUCGUCUCUCUUCUACUCACGCAUGCCUCCGUCUACCGACUAGCUAAGCAUAGCCAGGAGACCAACACUGCUCCGGUAGCCACACUGAGACGCCAUGACCACUCAUGGUGAUGCAAUAUCUGCUGCCUUGGACGAACACAAAAAUACAUUUCAACAAUACACCGACCUAGAGGAGAUUUUCUUAUGCUUGAAGAGGAAAAAAAUAAUCGAGAAUGAUGAAUAUCACGAGAUGAUGAAGGAGACCAGCGGAAGAAAGAAAAAACAGGUCUUGUUUCUACACGAGAAGAUCAUCAGUGCCGGUGAUAACGCUUUCAUAGCAUUACUAGAGUGCCUCAAGGCGAGGUACAAAGACUUGGCAGAGGCAUUACUAAGGACUCUGGAGAUGGAAGAUGAGGCUUUCGCUAAGGAAGUCCGCAAUAAAUGGGAGGGAGGUUCGUCGACGGCAUCUCAGGUAACAGCAGCUCAACCCGUUGGCCUUUCGACAACAUGGGACAGGAUCAGAGAGAACCGUAUGAGGCUACGGGAUGAGUUUAACUUGGACUUCCAGGAGUUGCUUCGUAGUUUGAGCGACAAGGGCGUCUUCACGCUCAUCGAGGGGCAGCAGAUACGUGGGAAACCAACCCCCAAACAGCAAUUUGAUGAGCUCUUUGACAUUCUCAUAUGCAAGAAUCCACAACUAUACUACCCCGUUUUCCUCAAGGCUCUCACUGACAUAGACAGGAAGGAUGUCAGGGAUUUCUUGGAAGGAGGAUCAUUCCAGAUUAUUGCAAGGGACCUCUUACAUGUGUCACGAGCAACAGUGCCAAGGACCGUGAACCGCUUUCUCAAGGUCAUUCUGUCUCUCUGCCAAGAAACUGUCAAAUUUCCAGACAAUUUGGAGGAGGUGAAGUUCAAGUUUAAAACAAUUGCAGACCUCUCAGGAGUGAAGGAAUAA